AUUUGUGCUCUCAUUUCGUUCGAGGCGAGAAAGCGCGAGAGAAAAGAAGAGAAGGGAGGAGAGAGGAUGCCGCACUCGCACCACUCGCACAGCGGGCGCUUCUGUGCGCACGCGGCGCCCGACACGUCGCCCGGCUCGAUGCUAGCGCGCGCCCACGCUGCCGGCUUCGACACCUACCACCUCACCGAGCACGUCCCGCGCCGCUGCGCCUCGCAGCUCUACCCCGAAGAGGCUGCUGCGGGGCUCGACCCGGCCGCACUGCAGCGCCGCUUCGAGGCCUACCUCGUCGAGGCGCGCGCAUGCCAGGCCGACUGGGCCGCGCGCGGCAUGAAUGUCCUCGUGGGUGCCGAGACGGAGUGGAUGGAGGACGAGGGCGACUGGUGGCCCUUCUUGAGCCGCGUGCUGGGCGAGGCGGCAGAGGGCGGGGCAUCGGAUGCGAAGGUAGCGGCGGCGAGCUCAAGCUCAAGCUCAAGCUCAAGCUCAAGGACGAGGUCAAAGGUCGAUUUUGUCGUGGGGAGCUUGCACCAUGUGCACGACGUGCCCAUCGACUUUGACACGGCCACCUUUGACAAGGCUCUAGAGAGGUACUACCAGGGUGAAGCAGGGCCGGAACAACGUCGCAAGGCGCACCUCGCCCUUGCUACUGACUACCUCGAGGCGCAGUACCGCAUGCUCGUCGCGGUGCGACCCGAGGUUAUCGGCCACUUUGACCUCUUCAGGCUGUUCGAUGCCGAGCUUAGCCUCUCGGAGUCCGUUGGCGAUGGCAGUGGCAGUGGUAGCAGCAGCAUCAGCAGCAGCGAGGAGGAGAACAAGGCGGUGCGAGUGGUCCGAGAGCUGGCCUGGCGCAACAUCUGCUUCGCGGCGAGCUACGGCGCGCUGUUUGAGAUCAACGCCGCGAGCGUGCGCAAGGGCUGGAAGUCGCCGUACCCAGGCGAGGAGAUCCUUGACAUGAUCUUGCAGGCCAAGGGCCGCGUCUGCCUCUCGGACGACGCGCAUGCACACCAGCAGGUCGGACUCAACUACCACGUCGCCAGGGACUAUCUCUGCCGAAAGGGCGUCGACGCCGUCUGGGUCCUGGAGCGAGACGGGACAGUGGCCGACGAAGGGUCUGACGAGGAGAAAGAUCGACGGAACAGAGAGCUCUCGAGCACGCCGGGUCAGAAUGCGCCGACUCGCUUCCGCAGAGGGGCCAGGUCCCGGAGAGUGUCAGAUUGGAGCACGAAGACAUCCUUCUGGAGCAACUAUCCUCCUCAACAAUCGCAGAUACAGCCGCAAUGACAGUC